CUGUUAUUAGUCAAUUUUGGACAUUCGAUCAUCUAAGAUGUCCAUAGCGCGUGCACCUUAAUUGAAUACAAAAAAAAAACAGAGAAAAAAAAUCGGAACGAACCAAGAAAAUUGUUCGUUGGCCACCACAGCGAUCGUGAUUUAAGCCGAUUUUUUUUUCAUUUGAUUUUCUAACGAAAAAUUAAUAACGUUUUGUGCAUUUUUGUUCUACUCUAAAUUUUCAAUCGCGAAGUUUUUUUUUCGUUAAUUGUGUUGAAAAAUUGAGAGUGUAAUUUUUCUUGGAUCAUAUUUUUUGUGUUUUGCGCAUACCGGAUUACCUAAAUAUCUAUAGACUUUGGCACAUAAUAUAACAUAAAACAAAUAGCAACACACACAUAAACACAUACAAAAUGUUAAUAAAGGGUAGUGAUACAAAUAUAUCGAUCAUCGACGACGGUGGAACAUGGAAUCGACAACAGAAUGCGGUGUCUGUGCGACACGCCUUCAAACAAUAUGGCAGCAAAUCAAAACCAAAUCAAGUCCUGAUUAAUUUAAAUAUGACUGUACCAAAAGGAACAAUAUAUGGUCUUUUGGGUGCCUCAGGUUGUGGGAAAACAACAUUAUUAUCAUGCAUUGUGGGACGACGCAAAUUAAACUCUGGCGAAAUUUAUGUAUUGGGUGGCAAACCAGGCACGAAAGGUUCUGGUGUUCCCGGCAAACGUGUUGGAUACAUGCCACAAGAAAUUGCAUUGUAUGGUGAAUUCACGAUCAAAGAGACAAUGAUGUAUUUCGGUUGGAUUUUUGGAAUGAAAACCGAAGAGAUUUGCGAACGUUUGCGAUUCUUGUUGGAAUUCUUAGAUUUGCCGUCACAAAAUCGUUUGGUCAAAAAUUUGAGCGGUGGCCAACAGAGACGUGUUUCAUUUGCCGUUGCGCUUAUGCACGAUCCAGAACUAUUGAUUUUAGAUGAACCGACCGUCGGUGUCGAUCCAUUGUUACGACAAAGUAUUUGGAAUCAUCUUGUACAUAUAACCAAAGCUGGCCAAAAAACGGUCAUUAUCACAACACAUUACAUUGAAGAAGCAAGACAAGCACACACGAUCGGUUUAAUGCGUUCAGGACGUUUGCUCGCCGAAGAAUCACCCACUGCAUUGUUAACCACCUACCGUUGCAAAAAUUUGGAAGAUGUUUUUCUACAAUUGUCACGGAAACAAGGAACCACCAAUGCCGUUAACGAAUUGAACAUUAGCAAUUUAUCACUAUCCGCACUUGCAUUUGGCAAUAAAAAAGAUGCACCCGUUUAUAUCAGUCAAGAUAGUGGUGUCGUAGGUUUGAAUUUCCAUCAAAGCAAAGAAGUACUUAUCAAUGAUCACAAUGGUUCUGCAAUGGGGGGUUCUGAUCUAGCUUUGGCACAAGUGUCACCAAGCAAAACUUCACACAGUGCGCCUCCAAGUCAGGAACGAAAUAACAACAACAUUCAAAUUAUAGCACAUAGUAACAAUAGUAAUAAUCAGCUGAACGGUGGAGCACCUGUUUAUCGAAAUGGCGGCAUCGAUUAUGAUGAUCUGUCAACAGCUGAUAUGUCUGAAUGUUGCAAUUUGACAUCCAGAGGAAAAAUUCGUGCCUUAUUACAAAAGAAUUUUUUGCGAAUGUGGCGAAAUGUUGGUGUGAUGCUAUUCAUUUUUGCGUUACCAGUCAUGCAAGUUAUUCUCUUCUGUUUGGCCAUUGGCCGUGAUCCAACUGGAUUAAGAUUAGCCAUAGCAAACAUGGAAAUGAACGAUACAAUCCACUGCCCAACCCAAAAGGGAUGUAAUUUCGAGAAUUUAUCAUGUCGUUACCUGAGUCAUUUAAAUUCAACAAUAAUCAAAGAAUAUUAUCCGGAUCCGAAAUCAGCUGUCGAAGCGGUACGAGUUGGUCAUGCAUGGGGUGCUAUUUAUUUCACGGAAAAUUUCACCGAUGCAUUGGUCGCUCGAAUGGCUCUUGGACGAGAUGCAGACGACGAAACAUUGGAUCAAUCGGAAAUUCGUGUAUGGUUGGAUAUGUCAAAUCAGCAAAUUGGAAUUUUAUUAAAUCGUGAUCUGCAAUUGACGUACAAAGACUUUGCACAAGGAUUGCUCCGUGAUUGUGACCAUAAUCCGAAAUUGGGUGACAUUCCAAUUCAAUUCAAGGAGCCAAUUUACGGAACAAGCACACCAUCAUUUACCGAUUUUGUUGCGCCCGGUGUAAUUCUAACGAUCGUUUUCUUCUUGGCUGUUGCUCUCACAUCGUCGGCAUUGAUCAUCGAACGAACAGAGGGUCUUCUCGAUCGAUCAUGGGUGGCUGGUGUAACACCAUUUGAAAUUCUCUUUUCGCAUGUGGUCACACAAUUUGUGGUGAUGUGCGGUCAGACGGCGCUAGUUCUAAUUUUCAUGAUUCUUGUAUUUGAAAUCACAUGCAAUGGCGAUAUAUUUGGCGUUAUCAUACUGACAUUGUUACAAGGCAUGUGCGGUAUGUGCUUCGGCUUUGUUAUAUCAGCCAUUUGUGAACUGGAACGAAAUGCCAUACAACUUGCCCUCGGCUCAUUUUAUCCAACACUUCUGUUAUCCGGUGUUAUUUGGCCCAUCGAAGGAAUGCCAUUUAUUCUAAAAUAUAUUUCCUAUUGUUUGCCAUUAACUCAAGCAACGACAGCAUUACGAUGCAUGCUGACACGCGGUUGGAGCAUUAUGGAGCAGGAAGUUUAUUUAGGUUUUAUAUCAACAUUAACGUGGAUCGCUAUAUUCUUGGCAGUUACAAUGAUCGUGUUGAGGCUGAAACGUGGUUAAACAUAAAAAAACACACGAUAUACACACACAACAUCUGAUUUAAUUAAUUAUAUUAAUAAUUUACAGUUUUUAUUUAGACUUCAUCUUUUUCUUUGAUUUGAUAUACAAACACAUCUACAUACACAGCCUUGAUUGUUUCUUCAUUUAAUUUCAACAUUGAAAUUCUUGUUGUUGUUUAUUUUUUUCGUAUCUGUUUUGCCAACAGACAAAAAAAGAAAUUUGAGAGAAAAAUUUUAAAUUUUCGUCAUUGUCUUAUUAUGUAAUUUGUUUCUAAUUUUUUGUUUCUCUCUUUAAAUCAUAUUUUUUUUGCUUUGGAUAAAUUGAAACAAAGGCUUUAAAUAAUUUAAAUAAAAAAAAGGUAAAACAUAUGGAAAUGGUACAUAUAGGUAUAUUUUUUAAGUUAUUGCUGUUAGGAAAAAAAUAUUUAAAAUUGACAAACAAUUUAUUUUACCGAACAAAAAACAAAACGGAAUGUAAUUCAAUAAAAAAAAGAAAUUUUUCUUGUUUGUUUCUUAAGUGAGAUCUACCAAAUAAUAACACGUGUAAAUAUAAAUGGAAACUCCGAAAAAUAUGUGACAAUUCGCAAUUCUGGGUCGAGGUUUUAACUUAUACAUACUCAUAUGACAAGAAUUGAAGAAAAAAACACAUAAAAAUUGCAUUCAAACGAGAGCGGGAGAUAUGGAGAGCGUAUGCCAAUAGCUGAAUCUUGUAUUGCAUAAAAUUAUAAUCAGCAAAUUCAACAAAUAAAAAUUAGAGGAAAAAAAACAAUCAUCGCUUCACAUAUUAUCAUAUUAAUAACAAAAUAAUGUUCGAUAAAAGAGUUUUUUUUCUUCUUAUAAACAGAUCGAAGGUUACCAUUUAAAUCUAGAGAAUUGAAUUUUAUUUUCCAUUUUUCUUUUUCUUUCUUUUUUUUUGCUACCAUUUAAACCUAUUUAUGAGUGCCGAUGGUGAUUACCGUAAUACAAUGGUGUUCGGUAUAUCGACAUGAUUCUUUAUCAAUUAUAUACUAAAUUGAUAAAUUAAACUAUUUCGUUUAGGAAAUGUGACCUUUUUUCUCUAUUUUUUCAAAUUUUUAUCCAUUUUCAUCAAAAAAGGUUUAAAAUACGAAACGAAGGAACAUAAAUUGAACGACAUAUUAAAAAAAAAUUAAUAAUAGAAAAAAAUACAUUUUUUUAGAGACAAACAAUGUGGAACAUUUGCAAAAGAUCUUAGAUUUAAUAAGAUUUGGAUUAUUAAGAUUAGUCAAUUAUUGGGUACAUAUAAUUUUUUUUGCAUAGUUUAUGUUUUUUGCGAGUGUAUCAUGCGUUUUGGCUAAGACGACAAGGGCGGAAAGAAAGGGAGGAAGAGGGUUGAGUGGAAUGGAGAAAAAGAACCAUUAUCAAUUGUAUGAGAAAAAUGUAGAGUAUUUUAGAAUGUUCCAAACGUAUUAAUAUAUUACAAAUAAAAACGUAAAAAAAAUAAAUUCAAGCACAACAUUCACCGGUAGUGUGAUUGGUGUUUUCAUAAA